AGCGCUGAAAGUUUCAGCGCGUAGCAAAGCCUUGCGGCUAGUACAAGUAUUGACAAUUUCCUCAUAAUGCUCUUCACAAAUAUUCCCAAAAACCUUGAUACCUCAACAAUGUCAAACGCGAGCACACGUGCGCACGUGCCCGACCUUAUCGCGGCGUCGUUGAUCCCUGCCGCAAAUCCCGAUCCCAAGAAUCGCAAAACUAGGACACCAGAAGAUAGCGACAGCGAAGAGGCACUUCAGCCCGCAAUACCGCAAAGUCGCAAAGAAAAGCGCAGAGAAAAGAAACAAACACACGAUUCCGCUCUUCCAACUCCUUCAAGUACCGAUAACGAAGCGUCUACGCCACCUCGCAAACCGCCCAACAAACCACCCAAGAAAAGGCAGAAGCCUAAUAUAGACCACGCGACCACCCUGUUUCCCUCGAUGCCCCUCGCCAAAGAUGCGCUGCAAAAAGCAUAUCCCCUCUUAAUAUGCAGCAUUGGUAACCCCGGUGCUACAUACGCCAACACGCUCCACUCCGCCGGCCAUGUCGUCACAUCCUACCUCAGCGAGCGCAAAAGCUACAAGCCUUUCACUAAAGGGCUCUCCGGCCUCGUUUCACGACCAGAUAAUACCGCGAUGAGCUUCAGCAUAAUACGCGGAUACAGGAGAGUGGAAGGUGACGCACCGCCGCCGGAAGAAGACUGGACCUUCUGGCAGAGUACGACGUUGAUGAACAUAUCUGGCGGUGGUGUGAAGAAGGCUUAUAACGAAUGGCUGCGCUCCGUAAAAGCGCAAUCUGGAUCGUCAGCGACCGAGGGCAGAUUAGUCGUUGUGCACGAUGAGCUGGAAGGCGCGUUGGGCAAGGUCACAGUCCGGGAUGGGGCUGCGAGUGCGAAGGGUCACAAUGGGCUGAAGAGCUGCCAGCAGCAAUUAGGAGGGAUCAAGUGGUGGCGCAUAAGCAUCGGUAUUGGACGGCCUGAGAGUAGAGACCCGAAUGUUGUGAGCAAAUACGUCCUUGGAAAAAUAUCCGGGUCGCAGCGUGCGGCGCUUGAGAAGAGCGCUGUGGCUGUUUACGGAGCGUUGGAACAGAUAGCAGCGGGGCGGAAAUGAUCGAAUGUGGUUUGAGAGGCUUGCUGGGACGGAUAUAGCGUUGAAUUGCAUUUGCAGGCGUUGGGUAACUAACGCAUGAGCAUGAUACCCACUUACGCAGUCAUGCGUAAUGCAUCGCUGUUCAAGAGAUAGAUACGUUUGAUGAGAGAAUUGAAUAAUAAUUUAUCAAGUUAUGCCUACAAAGCAUACUUAGGUAUCUUCCAGUACUCCGGUAUCGAUGCUCAUCAAAUAGACUACCCCCAUAAAACAACCAACACUAGGCAGCUCCACAGAAGAUGCCCAGUGAGCCAUACGUGAAAUGAAUAACAAAGAUGUAUCACUAAAGACUUGACUGCACACGUUAAAGAGCAUUUUUCCUGAGCUUCUUUCGCUCCUCAAGUCGCCUUCUCGCCUGCUCCUUCCGGUCCCCAGGCAGC